AGAUCUUGUUAAAUAUUGUGAGCUAUUGGAUCUUGUUCAAUUAAUUAUUUUUUUAUUUUAUUUUAGUAUUGGCUACCUGUUGCACCGGUUGACAAGUUAAUAAUAAUUAAAAAUAAAAUUAGAAGCUUCAGUGACUUCUCCGUUCCAAUUCUCUUCAACUUCUAUUCAAAAAAAAUUCUCUUCGACGACGGUGAAGGAGGUGAGCAAAGGGUGACGGCAAGCGAGUGCGACGAGCAGGGGGCGACACGGAUUCUGAAAUAGCUCGACGGCGAGUGCGACGCUUGGUAAAGGAAGAAAUAGGGUUUCGCGGCGUCUCCAGUCGAUAGAGAAGGGGGUGAGCAGGUCGACGGUGAACCAGAUUCUGAAAUAGGGUUUUCGCGGUGUCUCCUCUCCCACGAUUGUGCUUCGUCGCCUCUUUGUUGUGCCGCCGGGGCGAACACAGUGGUGGCGUUUCCUCGUCGAUAGUGAAGGUGGCGACAACGAAGGCGAACUGGAUCUUCAAAUAGGUUGACGAAGACACUGUAAAUAGGGACUGAGUAGGGGAUUCAUUGGAUCUUCAAUUAGUCGCAGCUUUGCUGUGUUUCUUCCUUCAAGUUUUCAGGUAAUAAAGAUGAUCCUCAGAUUCUUAAUGUUUCUCCAUUUGUCACUUCAAAUUCUUCUUCCUUCACCUGCUACUUCUUUCUCGUCGUCUGGCUAAAAGAACCCUAAACUCAGCCCUCAUUUGUAGAGACAACUAUUCCUUCUUUUUUCAUCAUUUUAGCUCACUAUAAGUUUCAAUUAUGAUUGUUCUUGUAUAAUGCUUUUGGGUUUCAUGGAAAGUGUAUGAAAGAUGAUGAAUUGGAGAUCAUCAUUAGGGAAUUGAAGAUUUUCUGCGAGUGUAUCGUCAAUUGGGUUCGUUUGUGUUUUGCUGCAUUGAUCAUUACCAUGGACAUUCAUAACCUUAAACGAUGUUAUUGCUUCUGUCUAGUUGAUAAUCCAAUCGAUUUGUAGUCUUGUAUUAGGAUUGCAGGUGUCGCAAAAAGACUAGAAAUGCAGGUUGUGUUCAAUCAUGUACUAUUUGGUUUUGUGUUCAAUCCUGUACUAUCUGGUUAUCACUCUCCAUAAAAUUAAAUCCUCUUCUGUUGUAGAUAAUGACUCGUAGAUUGCAUGUCAAUAGUCUUGGAUUAGUGUAGCUGAUACUGUCUACAAGAACUGUUGGUCUAUGGUGUUCAUGCCAUCUUGUAUGCCCUCUGGUUUGUGGGGUGAUAAAAUUUCUAACCAAGACAAAAGGGAAAGAAAGAAAACUAAAAACUCAAACAGAGCAUAAUAGAGAGAUAGUUAGAGGUAAAGCAAAGACAUUGUUUAUCUCAGAAACUAUAACAGUCCACUGUUUAUUACAGUUGCAAAAUACAUAGUGACAUAUAUGAGCAGAUUUUGAUAUUAGAUCAUUCAUAGACAUGAUUUAUAUCCUAGAAGGAUUAUACAAAUUGACUAUUUGCCUGGAGGAGUAUAAUAGCUGACCUGAUUAGUAGGGUUAGAGCACCCUCUAUCCUACUUUCUUUUAGUUGUAUCGUUCGUCGAUUUAUCAUAAGAAUUGUUCUGCAUCCAAGUGUUUGCUGAAAUACACCAUGAUUGCUUCUAGCUUCCAUGUGUUCGACGUUAUGUCUGUGUGGAAUACUGAACUAGGAAAACAACGAGCCUGAAUUACUUAAUGCCCCAUCCGUAGUACGUAAUAGUUAAUAUAGUAGGAAUCCUUUCUUUCUUCUAGGAUGCUUUUGUACACAAGGAUUUGCAGUAUUAGCAUCACCUUAAUCGUAACCUGUCUAUGAUUUUGUUGUUUACGUGAGUUGACUUUCAUUUUUUGUAUUAUGUGUAGGGACUUUGAUCUGGUAACUCUUUCAGCUGCUACACGUUGGAUUCAGAAUUCAAUUUCUCUUGUGAUAGAGUUGCAAUCUCAGUCUUCCAUUCCAGGAAAGUUGUUGAAAUCUUGCCCUUUUAACUUCAGCUAUUAAUUUUUAUUCAAGAUCGUUUGUCUCUGCCUCUUUGCUUUCUACUCGUGACACUUACCCUGAUGUUGAUUGUGCUUUCGGUCAUCACAAUUAUUACCUGCAUAUUUGGAAGUAGUUGUACUUUGCUGUAUGGAAGAGCUACUGUGUGAUUGAUGGUGUGAAUUUAUUUGUUAGAGUUUAGUUCCCAGCGUACUGUUUCUUUGGGGAAAAAAUGUGCACUGAAGUUACAAAUCUAUGACGACAUAAUAGAUCUUGAUCAGUUUUUUUUGUUUGUCUUGAGAGUUCAUUCUGCUAUCGAGUUCAUAUAUACUGUGCUAUGUUAUGUUAUGAGUGUUAUCCUACUUGGUAGAAAUGUUUUGACAGUAGCACUAUCUUUGAACCGGAGGUGACAAAGGCCUCUCUUUUGUGAUGAAGACGUAGAUGUUUUCUUUGACAUUGCGUUGGGCAACUGAGGUUGAACCCACAAUAGAAGUUGUCAAGAACGAAUCCCAGAGCAAGCUGAGCUGGAGUUAAACCAUGCUUCUUUGCCAUUUCAACGUAAUGCACUGUUGAUUCCUGGUGGAUCAAAGUAGGAAGAAUCGUGUUGGGCAAAAUACUUCGUUCAUAAAAAAUGCUUUGCUCUGCUGGUCACAAUGAACAGAAUCACUACGAGAGAUAAGCUACUAAGCUCGCGGAAGAUUGUGGAUGCAAGUUUUUUCUUUUUGUAGUGCUGGGAUAGAUACUAGAGAGCAUUUGUUCUUUGAAUGUUCUCUUACAAAGAUCUGAAUUUUGCAAUGACAGGAUAGGGAAAGUCUGACUGCUGCUAUUCUGGUGAUUGAAACACUUGUUCUGUGCUACUGGGAUUUCUAGGGUUCUUGUGGCAAAAGAGACAGUUGUAAGUGUAUGGGAAGCCCACAAACCAGGGUGUGACUCGGCUCAAGUUCAAGCAUAGCAAGCGAUCGGUUGUGGAAAAACGUGCUAGGAGGAAGUUUGGUGGACUCAAGGUUCUCAAUUCUUACUGAAUCAUCGAGGUAUGUACAGUUGGACACCACAUUUAACUUCAUUGCAACUUAUAUUCAACAGAACAAUGUAGACUUGAAUCGAUAGUGUUGAUAGAUAGACUGAACCAGAUUCCCUGUUAGUGUAGCUUAUUUUGAUGACCAGAUAAAACCAUAUUUAGCUUAUUUUGGUGGCUGCAAAGUUCUUUUCCAUAUCUCCCCCCUCUUAUUCUUGUUGGUGUUAUGUUGCCCAAGUUAGUAGGGAAAUCCGUUGAAUUUUUCAAUCCAAAACUUGUUGAGAUUGAAUGAGAUCAGAGAUGGGAAAAGGAAGUAUUAUGUGAUUUUUAGCCACCCAUCCUUAUUCGCCCAUCCUUCGCCACCCAUCCUUCGCGACGGAGACAUAUCGUUUCUAGCCGAGACGGCAAUGAGGCAGAGAGAGCAAGUGGGUUUUAAUAGGUAAGGGCAUGCGUGAUUUUUCGUGGGGGGUUUUAGUUGUUAAGGGUUCUGAUUUGGGUUUUCUGUUUUAAUAUAUGGGUUUAAUGGUUCGGUUGAGGGGAAGAGACGGAAUUAGUGUCAAUAGGAUGGUAAGGAAAGGCUACCGCCGGCAGCUCUAAGCUUCGUCGGCGGCAACGCCAAUGACCAAGGGGAACUUUCCUUGUGGGUUUUCGGAAUUUGAAGUUUAGUACUAGUUGUGUGUUGAGAUUAUGCCUAUUGUGUUUGCGAAUUUUGAGAAAUCCUGUAUGUAUAGUUGGGUUUUGAGACUGAAAUUAUGAUGGUUAUGAUGGUUUUGGGGCUGGAAAUUGUGUUUCAGUUUAGCUGUGGUUAUUGUGCAUAGUUUGGUAUGUGGAAGUUUGUGGUAUGUUAUGGUGGGUUCGAAGAUUGGGGAUUGUGGUGGAUUCAAAACUGUAAAUUGUUGGCAGUAAUGGUGUUCAUGUAUGGUUUUCAUGUUGUUUGAAAAGAGGAUCGGUUCUGGUUGUCUUCUUUGUUCAAUUUGGUGGGUGUUGUGAAUUGUGAUCUUUCUUGGCUUCAUUUCAUUUGUGAAUGGUUGGUUUGUCGCGGAAGUGAAGGGGAAACUAUCGAGCUGAUAUGGUACCUAUCGAGCUGAGUUUGCUUAACUCGGACUUGCCUCGUGUUUGUUUCGUAGGUAAUGGAUGCUUGGUAGGUAAUUAGUCCCAGAGCAUUAUCAGUAGUAGUAUGUUAGUUAAGCUUGGUAGGUAAUGGAUGCUUAAAGAUGCUUAAAGAUGCACGGAAACUAUGUGGCUUAUAUGCAUACGCCUCUAAUAUUUUUUCGUUGCUUGUUAUUUGAUUAGUGAAGUGUUUUAUUUGGUCGGCUGUGGGUGGUGAAUAUGUGGAUUUCAAUUGUCUCUAAACUUCAUUUUGUUGAUUGUUUUCAAUUGAUCAACUAUGGAAGGGUUGAUGGAUGAUAUGAGCACAGGCAAGGACACGAGAAUUGACUUGAAUGUUGGUUUAGAUUGGGGAAUGGAUUAUGGAGAUGACACCGGUGGUGUUAGAGAUAGUGACGAUUUGGAGGACAAUGUCGACACCAACGAUAGUGAUUCUGAGGAUGAUAAUAACACUAACAUUGGUGAUGAUGAUAAGGAGAACAUCUCAGAUGAGCAUUUGCACAGCUUUGAAACACAGCCACACAGCUCAGAUGCACCUCUACACAAAGAUGCUGCAAAUCCAGCCAUGGCUCCACCGUACUCGAGUAUGUAUGACUGGACCAUGCUUGAUAAAGUCGGGAAUGGUAAGCCAUAUUCUAAAUGGGAGUCGGAUGAUGUUGUGGGUUAUGAGUUUGAAACCCUUGUGGAGUCUGGCAAAUUCUAUUCAAAUUAUGGUUGUGUCAUGGGAUUCAGCGUACAAAAGAACACUCACACAUAUUCAAAAUAUGGAGUUAGAAAUAUGCAGCGAUGGGUUUGCUCACGCGAGGGGGAGCGUCAACUAGUGCACAAUGACAAGGAGAACAGAAAGCGUGAACCUAGGCCUGUAACAAGGCUCCAUUUUCCGGCUGCUUUCAAAGUCAGUUUAGUUGAGGCAACUAACCGAUUCAAGGUGAAGCAGUUUGUACCAACACAUUUUCAUCACUUAGCUGGAGCACAUGAAGUGCAGUUUUUGAGUUCUUAUCGCAAGGUAGAUGACGCAAGUAAGGCUCAGAUUCGAUCACUUAGGGCUGCUGGUAUUCGCACCAAUCAAAUCAUGGAUUAUCUAGUGAAUUGUGCGGGAAGCUUUCAGAACUUGGGUUUCACUAAGACCGAUGUCUACAAUUUUGUUAGUGUGGAUCAGAGGUCGGAGAUCUUGGAUAGUGAUAGUGAAGCUUCACUUACCUACUUACAAGCACGGGCAACUACCGAUCCUCGUUUUUAUUGUAGAUAUACAGCAAGUGAUGGUGGUGAACUAGGCAAUAUGGGCUGACUCUACUUCACAAUUGGAUAUAGUCUCUUUGGAGAUGUUCUUGUUUUUUACUCGACGUACAAGACUAAUGCAUAUAAUCUUCCAUUUCUUCUAUUCAUUGGUGUGAAUAGUCACAAUGCAAGCACUGUUUUUGCAUGUGCUUUACUUGCGGAUGAAACGACGGAGAACUACGUAUGGAUUCUAAAUGCUUUUUUACAUUGCAUGGGUGGUAAGAAGCCAACCGCAGUUAUAACAGAUGGUUUUUCUUCAAUGAGGAAAGCUAUCAAGUCGGUUCUCCCUGGAUCCCGACAUCGGUUAUGUUCUUGGCACUUGGGCAAUAACGCAGAAGCGCGUGGCCAUGCGGAAGGCUUCCGGGAGGAUUUCAAACAAUGCAUGCUAAACUGCAGUUCUAUUCCACAAUUUGAAGCUACGUGGAAGGAAAUUUUGUCCAAGUAUGACCUGGAGCACAAUGCGUGGAUGAAGAAGAUGUAUAGGCGACGAGCUCUAUGGGCCACAACUUACUUGAAAGGUACUUUCUUUGCUGGGAUGACUACGUCACAACGUUGUGAGAGCAUGAACUCUUAUCUAGACAAAUUCUUGCAAAGUAAGAUGAAGUUGUUUGAGCUUGUCAAGCAGUUUGACAUGGCACUUUUGUAUAGGAGACAAACUGAGUUACAUGACGAGUUUAAGAAAAUACAUACUGAUGUUGUUUUGAUGACACAUUUACAUGAAAUUGAAAGACAUGCCUCUAUAGUAUUUACAUGAAAUGUGUUCAGGAGCGUUCGAGCAGAAAUAGCAAGAGAAGUUCAUUACUAUAUUACAGACAAGUGUGUGUUGACCAAUAAAACAAUUUACACAUUGUCACGAUUCAAAUACCCUGACCCAAAGUGCACCGUGGUCUUUUACACGAGUGGACAUGAUGUGCAUUGUUCUUGUGGCAUUUUUGAGUUCUGCGGAAUUCCAUGUCGACAUAUAUUCUGUGUAUUCAAAGUAGAAAAUCAAAUACAAAUUCCAAAGUCACUCAUUUUGAAGCGUUGGACUAAAGAUGCAAAAGAGUUCGAUCCAUCGAGUAUGGGAAGAUGUCCUACCCAACAAAAUAUUAGCAGGUAUUAUAAAUUGAAGCUGUUGAUUUAGUUCUUUGUUUACUUCUAUUGUGCUUGGAACCAACUACAAAAGUGCUUGUUUAUUUGGACAGGUAUGGAUUCUUGGUUGGUCAAUGUAGUAGAAUGUGCCAUUAAGCUGUGAGUUCGGAUGAAGCAUUUCAUACUGCCAAAGGGUUGAUUAAAGACUUGACCUUGCGAGUGAAGAUAAUAAGUGAAAAAAUAACCAGAAAAACAAAUAAUGCUACUAUGGACGCUGGAGUGAACUCCUCUCAGUUUAUUAAGGACCCCCAUCCAGUUCGAAGUAAAGGUAAUGUGAAGCAACCUCAAGUAAAAACACGGUUGUGCAAGUAUUGUAGGCGUCCUAAACAUACAAUCAGAAAUUGUCCGCUGAAAAGAAUGGCUGAACCAGGUGCAGGUGAUAGUCAUUUCACGCAACAAGAAUACAACUUCGAGUCCAUAGGAGCAGGUAAAGCAGCUUUCAUGUGGAGACUCAAGAAUCUGUUCUACUUCCCAAACGAUCCAAGCACAACCUGUAAUGCUGGUGUUCGGCUUCAAACAAAAUUAUGUUUCAUCUUGUAAUGUUUGUUUUGUGCAAGUUAGUAUCUAGUGACAUUGAAGGGAUCUAUGUAAUGCUCGUGUCUAGCUUCAAAGAACAUUAUGACUCAUCCUUUCAUAAGCUUGUAGUUUUCAAAAACAGUAUAUUAUGUUUCUUGCACCAUUAUAAUAAGUACAUGGGUUAGUU